UCUCGCCAUUUUCAUUUUCAAAUAAAAGCGUUCUCUAGGCUCUACCAGGUGAAUCCGAAUUAUCGAAUGGCAUCCAAUAAUCCUUACGAGAUAAUGGACGAUGAGGGAUUUGACUGGGAAGCAGCUGCUAGAGAAAUCGACGUGGUUUGCCAGACGACCAGUGACGUAAAGGGAAAGGGAAGGGUUUUUGAGAAGAGAAAGCAGCAAUCCACUCUCGAUAAGUUCAUAUCUAUUGCCAAUGCCAAUGCCGAAAAGGAAACCCCACCACCGCAGUUCCAAGAAGAUGACCAAAGCCCUGCUUUCAUCCACCACAUUGACACCGAGGCUGCCAAAACUUGGAUAUAUCCAGUUAAUGUUCCUCUCCGUGACUAUCAAUUUGAUAUUACCCAGUCCGCACUUUUCUCAAACACAUUGGUGGCCUUGCCAACGGGACUUGGCAAAACCCUCAUUGCCGCUGUUGUUAUGUAUAACUACUUCAGAUGGUUUCCUCAAGGCAAAAUAGUCUUUGCUGCUCCUUCUCGGCCACUUGUCAUGCAGCAGAUAGAAGCAUGCCACAAUAUUGUGGGAAUACCUCAAGAAUGGACAGUUGAUAUGACUGGUCAGCUAAGUCCUCCCAAAAGAGCUCAAUUUUGGAAAACAAAGCGAGUUUUCUUUGUCACUCCACAAGUGUUGGAAAAGGAUAUUCAUUCUGGUACAUGUUUGGUGAAGUACUUGGUAUGUUUGGUGAUUGAUGAAGCUCACAGAGCAAUGGGAAAUUACGCUUAUUGUGAAGCUGUUCGCGAGUUAAUGUCUGUACCAGUACAGCUGAGAAUAUUAGCGUUAACUGCAACGCCAGGAUCAAAGCAACAGACAGUCCAAGCUGUCAUUGAUAAUUUGCAUAUCUCCAGACUUGAAUAUCGCAGUGAAACUGACCAUGAUGUUAUCUCAUAUGUUCACAGUAGGAAGAUAGAAUUGAUACAGGUUGCAAUGGGCCCAGAAGCGGUAGAAAUAAACAAUAAGUUUAUGGAAGUAAUACGCCCUAUAGUAGCCAGGCUUACAAAUAUUGGGGUCAUUCAGAACAGAGAUUACCGCACUUUGAGCCCUUGUCAAUUACUUGAAAUAAGGGAAAAGUUUCGCCAACGGCCUAGGCAAGAUCUUUCUCAUAUCAACUAUGAAGAUGUUGAAGGGUAUUUUGGCGUUCUCAUUACUCUUUAUUACAUCCAUAAGUUGCUCUCAAGUCACGGAAUAAGGCCAGCACAUGAGAUGCUUGAGAGAAAAUUGAAGCAAGGAUAUUUUGCAAAAUUUAUGAGUAAAAAUGAAGUUAUUCUGAAAGCAAGGCAGCUAAUGCAGCAAAGUUUGUCUCACGGAGCAUCUAGUCCAAAAUUGUCCAAAAUGCUAGAAGUAUUACUGGAGCAUUUCAAAACUAAUGAUCCGCAAAACUCCAGGGUAAUUAUCUUCUCCAAUUACAGAGAAAGUGUCAGGGAUAUAAUGAAUGCACUUGGAGAUAUUGGGGAAUUAGUCAAAGCUACUGAGUUUAUUGGUCAAAGUUCAGGGAAAGCAAUGAAAGGUCAGUCCCAAAAAGUUCAACAGGCUGUGCUGAAGAAAUUUCGGUCUGGCGCCUAUAAUGUUAUUGUUGCUACAUCAAUUGGUGAAGAAGGUCUUGAUAUCAUGGAAGUUGAUCUUGUCAUAUCUUUUGAUGCUAAUAUUUCACCACUCAGAAUGAUCCAGCGAAUGGGGAGAACAGGAAGAAAGCAUGAUGGACGAGUCGUAGUUUUUGCUUGUGAAGGGACAGAGUUGAAGGGCUACUUGCAAAAACAGGCAAAGAGCAAGACUAUAAGUAAACACAUGCGAAAUGGGGGCAUAAAUAGCUUUACCUUUCAUCCUAGUCCAAGGAUGAUUCCUCAUGUCCUUAAACCAGAAGUUAAAUGCGUUGAGCUGUCCAUUGAGAAAUUUAUUCCUCGUCCAAAGAAUGUGAAAGAUGAUGAGCUCCACAUUUCUCCAUCAAAGGACAAACUAACUGUUGCGGAAAUUGAUUUACUUGAAACAUAUUUUCACCCUACUGUGGAAAACAAUAGUAGAAUGUCUCUUAUUGCCUUUCCCCACUUUCAGACCUUUCCUUCUAGAGUGCAUAAAGUGAAGCAUUCCUCUGGAACAUUGAUGCUUAUAGACAUGAUGCAGCGCUUGCAAGGACUAGUAUCAUUUCCAGAAGAUGACAAAACUUCUUCACUUCAGGAAGAUCUGUGUUUGGGACAUGGUAAGCCAGUCACCACUACCGAACUUGAUGAAGCUAAAAAGGACAAUGAAUCGUGCUCUAGGCAUAAAAUGAGAAGGAAUUUAGUCUCUGUUAAUUGUCUGGAGAUGGAUUCGUAUCAUUUGGGGAUUCAAAGCAAAGACUUAGUUGACCUAACUCGACAAGAUGGUACUUUCUGUGACUUGGGUAAGAAUCAAGAGGAAGCAUGUGAGGGUGAUGAGACAAUUCCUGAAACUCCAAUUGCUAAGAGAAGUUUGUCAAAUGAAGGAGAUAAUGAUGGUCAAAUGGUAAAUCUUGUGGAGAUUGAGACUUCUUCAUUGGCUGCAAAUGCAUGCAUUAAUGGCAUGAGAGAUGAAGAACUUAGUCCACGUUUAACUAAUUUGAUUAGAAGUGGUGUUGUUCCAGAGUCUCCGGUUGACGAAAGAGGUGGGUGUCUUCAAGGGAAAUCAAGAUACAAGUCUAUCAUACGUGAUUUUGUGUUACCUGUUCAUCUCCACAAAGAACAGGAUGUUAGUUCUUUAAGCUCUAGUGAAACUAAAGAGGUCAUUAUUGAUAAGGGCACCAACAAGAAUGUCUGUACUUCCCCCAUUAAUGAAACUCAAAGCCCUUUACUUGACCUGAAAAAUUGUGCAAUUAGAAGAGGACGAGUCUUCCUUUCUCAAAUUGAGGAAGGCCAUGCACAUAACACUGAUCCAAGCUUCAGCGAAGAAGCAUAUCCAGCAGAUUGUGGUGAAAUGUCCGAAAGCAUUAAACCUGCACGCAAAUUUAAAAGGUUGCGGAAAGCUGAAGAUACUGAAAGAAAUAUGAAUCAGAAAAACAAUAAACUUUUUGCUUCAACAGCAAACUUUCUCAAACCAUCUUCUGCCUCCAAUCCUGCACAAUAUAAGCAUGGCCAAGGUAAAAGGAAAUCAACACACAAUGUGAGAGACUUCAUUGAGGAGGAAGCCGAAGUAUCUUCAGAUGGCUAUGUAUCUAAUGAUGAAGAUGAUGAGGAAGGCAGUUCAUUUGACAGUUUCAUAGAUGACAGGACCAACCCUACAGCAGCCAGUCAGCCUGAAGCUAGUAGAAUGGACAUGAUGGCAAUUUACAGCUCUGCUGCAGGCGUUCUUUGCUCAGUCAAACACCAAGUAAUGGAGGGCUUGAUCUUUGUGCCACCUUUACUCCUGACCGUGUGACUAUGGCAGCCAGUAUUAGUGAAAGUGAGGAUUCUACAGGGAAGACAGUGGAUCACUUCCACGCAGAGCCAACCAAACAGUCAGCAAAUCGGACUUUGGAAUCUGUUAGUAUCAACCAGAUAACCUCAGAAGCAGUGGCUUCAACUUGUUAUCCUAUGGGAACUGGGACAGAGACAAGAAGUCACAAACGAAGAUUGGCAUUUUACCAUUCUGGACACUUCCCAAAUAUGAACCUUCAACGAGAAUUUGAACUUCAAUCAAAGAAAGACGUAGUGCACACUGAUGCAACUACAGAUGUUCUAUGUGAUGAUCAAUUUUAUAAUGAUCUUGAUCUUGACGAGUUGGAGGCACAAGCAACAUUGCUUCUAAAACAGAAAUUAGAUUUGUCUAAUCAGAAACAAGAUACGGUCCCUCAAUCUCACACAUCCAAUCUUGAUAUUUUUCAGUCUCCAUCAUUUGACCUUGGGAUAUGAAAAGCAUGACAUAAGCACUGAUGCUGCAGGGCACUUACAUUCUGGAAAUUAAUUAAUCAAUGUGGCAUAAGCUGGAUACCAGAAAUCUUUUAGACUACAUAUUUAUAACAGUGGUAUUUUAUUGUAUAGUUAAACUAGUGGUUGACUCUUUUUGGAAGAGGAUAGGGUUAUAGCUUUGUCUAGCAUACACCUUGGUUGAAAGGGUAAGAUUCAUGCCCCUUGUAUUUUUGACUGCUGAUCUUGCAGGAAAAAAAUAAUACUUAAUGGUGAUAAACCAUUAAUGUGAACCUGUUAAACAGGUAACUGGUAAGAAUUUGUAAGUUAUACAUUUUGUCCCUUAAAAGAAAAAUUACGCUAAUUCAAUGGAAUCUAAUUGCUAAUGGCUUUGAUGUU